AUGGCGCGCAGCCCAGUGCGCUACACCCCUCUUGUAUCCUUGCAAGACCUCCCUCCGCCUCCACGACUUGGUCCUGUGGACGAUGAACCGGAGCUCACGAACGGAGAACCCAUCAAACGAAAGCGGUGGUAUCACUACCUCCCACUAUGUCUUGCCAUUCUCAUGAUAAUUGGCCCCCACCCGUCACUAUUCAUGGUCUUCAUCAACUAUCACUACCGCAUACAUAACAGUCUCUCGCGUGUUUUCGUCCACGUUUUCGUCCUCUACGCCCUCACCUUCCUCGCCUUCUCGUCGCUCAUUGUGGUCAUUGCGAGAGACCCCGGACCGGUUACCGACAAGAGCCAGGGUGAAAGUGGGGGCGCAGACGACAGCGGCGACGAGGGCGAGAGCUUCCUGGAGGCGUUGCUCGCUCCGUCCGAAGGCGAGGCAGCGCAUGCGCCAGGCAGGUGGUGUAAGAAAUACCACCAUUGCAUCUGGCUCGGCCAUAAGUGCAUCGGGCACCGAACGUAUGCGUCAUUUAUACACUUUCUGUGCUGCGCUACGUUGCUUGCAGCCUACGCCGCUUGCUUAUGCUCCUCUGUGGUGUGGUGGUCGUUCAAUCACUCGGCGUCCAUCGAUGAGAUGACGCCGGUGCACGCCAUGUUUGUUGCGUUCUAUGGAAUCGUAAUCACGAUGGUCAUCGGCUCCUUCUGCGUCUGGCACCUUUAUCUUGCAUCUACGAACCAAACGACCGUGGAAUGCCUUUCGCCUUUCCUGUUACUCCGCGAACUUCCUCCUCUUACAGAGAGCCCAGAGGUCCUCAGACUGUCGAACCCACCACUCGAGCACGAACUUUCCUUUGAACAGCGUAUGAUCGUUCGCGAUGCGCAUCGCCGUGUGCACAUCUACGAUCUCGGCUUCAGGAAGAAUUGGGCGCAAGUUUUCGGCUGGUCGCGACCGUGGGGAUGGGUAUACCGGCUUCUCAUGGGAGGUGGAUGUGUGGGUGACGGAAAGUCGUUCCCGCGGCAUCCUCGCGCAGAGCAGAACCUCACGAGGCUCGCGUCCAACCUCGCUAGCGCAGAUAAGAACCGGUGA